AGUCUCGGGGGUUUUGCUGAGGACGAGUCUCGGCGGCGGAGCUCCUGAGGAGACGGUCGGUCUCUGUGUGGAGUCGCGGUCGCGGUUCGGGAUCUUUGUGCCGCGAAGGGAAGUCGUGAACAUUCCGCACCGGAACCUCACACCGGUUAUGUUUGACACCGCUUCAGAUUGUCUAACGGUCCCGGUCCCGGUCCCGGUCGCCCCGAUGUUGACGGUCCGCGCCGUGGCUCUGGGGACGUGGGUUCCUCUGUGGGCUGUUCCCGCGGUGAGUCGCCCACCGACCGCUCUCUGCGGCGCGAACACGUUGGUGCGGACCUUCACCGUCAGCGAUGUCAAACUCUCCAAAGCUCGAGGGCUUCGGAAGAAAAAGGAACUUUCUGAAAAGAAACUGACUCGGUGCUUUGUGGACCAGCGGCGGGUCCGUGCGGUCGGAGGGUUCGGGGGCGACGGGGUCUGCACUUUUCACAGUGAACCUCGCAAACAGUUUGGAGGACCCGAUGGUGGAAAUGGAGGGGAUGGAGGACACGUCAUACUGAGGGCUGCCCGACAAGUCAAAUCGCUUACUGCCAUUGUGCCAGUUUAUCACGGUGAUGAUGGGGAAUCUGGAGGAAAUAAAAACUGUUACGGAAGGAAUGCAAACAACACCUAUAUUCUGGUUCCGAUUGGUACUGUAGUCAAAGAAGAUGAGAAGGUGGUCGCUGAUCUCUCCGCUCAUGGAGAGGUACAUGUGGCAGCUUACGGUGGGUCCGGUGGGAAAGGGAAUCGCUUCUUUCUGUCAAAUGAGAAUCGGGCACCAAUGACUGCUACCCAAGGAGACCCUGGUCAGGAACACAUUCUGUACCUGGAGCUCAGGACCAUGGCUCAUGCUGGGAUGGUUGGUUUUCCAAAUGCUGGCAAGUCUUCCCUUCUGCGAGCAAUCUCAAGGGCCAGACCAGCAGUAGCUGAUUACCCUUUUACUACAUUAAAUCCUCAUGUUGGUGUGAUACAUUAUCAAGACUUUGAGCAAGUAGCAGUUGCCGAUAUCCCUGGGAUUAUCAGAGGAGCCCACAGAAACAGAGGCCUGGGAGUCUCCUUCCUGAAGCACAUCGAGCGCUGCCGCUUUCUUCUCUUUGUCCUGGAUCUGUCAGUGGCAGAACCCUGGCAGCAGCUGGAAGAUUUAAGAUACGAACUGGAACAAUAUGAGAAAGGAUUGUCAGAAAGGCCUUGUUGUAUCAUCGGGAACAAGAUAGACCUGCCUGAAUCCAGAGCCAAUCUCCUCGCGCUCCAGCAAAAAGCAAGCCAGCGGGUCAUUCCCCUAUCAGCACUCACUGGGGCAAAUAUUGAAGAGCUUGUACUACAUCUGAGAGAACUAUAUGAUGGGUACCUGGAGAGCUCGUAUAUCCAGGGGCACAAGCCGCUCAAGUGGUAAAACCUGACCUACAGGAUAAAGAAAUAGAAUUAAUUCUUAAAAAUUAAGAAGCAAAAGCUACCUACCAGCUUAUAUCUAUAUAAUAAAUGAUUGCAAACAAAUUGGGCGGUAUCUUUAUUUUGAAUCUAGGUUUUAGCAGUAUAUCGAUUGGGACACGACAUGGCCAAACGACUGCCAGGAUGGUGGAGGCGAACUGGAUGGACCUUCAAUUUAUGCGAUUUUACAACAAAAAUCACCAUAUACAUUUUUUAUGCCUUUUAUACAUAUCAAACAUCCAUAAUUUAAAGGAAUUGUUUAAAAUUGUACUUUAGUAAGAAAAAUGCCCUAACAUCUGUACUCUACCCUGGGUCAAAGUGCUGAAUGUGAUUGUCUAUUGAGCAGUUGGGUGUGAGAAAACCAUUUUCUCUAUUCUAAAUUCAUCUAAAAGGCCAGUUUUCACGAAAAGUGCUGGCAGACCU